AGUGAUUGUUCCAGUUGUAUGACCAUGUUGUUGAUGUUGGCGUUAGUGUGCGCUCUGAGGAGUUCUGCCGCAGCGUCCCAGAGGUGCGAGGACAGCCUGGCCACCCCUCUGCCCUACAGCUUCUUCAGCAGCUCCUCUGUUUUUGGUCGAGAUUAUGGAGCUGGCUACGGAAAACUACAGCGCAACCAAGGAGCUGGAGGAUGGGUGCCCCUGGACUCAGACCGGUCGCCGUGGUUACAGGUGGAUCUCGGAGGACGGCGGAAGGUCGUUGCCGUGGCAACACAGGGCAGGUAUGGCAGCUCAGACUGGACCUCGAGGUACCGGCUCCUGUACAGCGACACCCAGAGGAACUGGAGACCCUACCUGCAGGAUGGCAACAUCUGGACAUUUGAAGGAAACGUGAACAGUGAGGGCGUGGUUCGUCACCAGCUGCAGCACUCCAUCGUGGCUCGUUUCCUACGCCUUGUCCCUGAGUCUCGGAGAGACGGGCGUAUCGGUGUUCGACUGGAGCUGUACGGCUGUGCAUACUGGGGUGAUGUGAUCAGUUUCGAUGGCCACAGUGUGAUCUCAUACCGCUUCAAGAACAAAAAGUCAAAGUUUCUGAAGGACUCGAUUGCUCUGAAGUUUAGGACUACAGCUGGAGACGGGGUUCUUCUCCACGGAGAGGGUCAGCAGGGAGACUACAUCACCCUAGAGCUGCACCGCGCACGACUGCUGCUCAAGAUCAACCUGGGCAACAGUCAGUACGGCUCGAUCCAGGGCCACACAGUGGUCUCUAGCGGCUCUCUCUUAGAUGACGAUCACUGGCACACGGUGCAGGUGGAACGCAUCAGAAGAAACGUGAACUUUACCCUGGACCAGCACACACAGAGCUUCAGGACCAACGGAGACUUUGACCACCUGGACCUAGACCACGAGAUCACGUUCGGAGGGCUCCCUGUGUCUGCUAAACCCGGUUCAGGUCGAGAUAACUUUGUGGGCUGUAUGGAAGGAAUCACCUACAACAAAGAAAACAUCACCACCCUCAUCCGCAGGAAGAGAGUCGACACCUCCAGCUUUCGUAACCUGACGUUCUCAUGCGCAGACUCAGACUCGUUCCCGGUCUUCUUUAACUCGUCGUCGUUCGUGCUUCUCCCUGGGCAGUCAGACAGUGACACCCUGUCGGUGAGCCUCUUCUUCAGGACAUGGAAUCCUCAUGGCCUGCUCCUGUUCACGGCUCUGGCAGACGGGUGGGUGGAGGUGGGGCUGUCCGAGGGCAGGGUCACUGUGUACAUGAACGUCACACAGAAGAAGAACACGCACAUCGACAUCUCCUCAGGCUCUGGUCUGAAUGACGGACAGUGGCACAACGUCCAUUUAAACGCUCUGGAGAACUACGCCAUGCUCACAGUGGACGGAGAUGAAGCUUCAACUGUUAGAACUGCCAUCCCCAUCCAGAUCCAGACCGGCGGGGCCUACUACUUUGGAGGAUACUUUGAGCGCACAAACAGCCUGAAUCUGCAGCGUUCCUUUCAGGGCUGUAUGCAGAUGAUCCACAUUGAUGAUCAUUUGGCUGACCUCAAAGCAGUAGAGCAGGGGCUGAUGGGAAGUUUUGAGAACGUCAGCCUGGACAUGUGCGCCAUCGUGGACAGGUGUGUGCCAAACCCGUGCGCUCAUGGAGGCCUGUGCUCUCAGACCUGGGACUCCUUCAGCUGUAACUGCUCCAACACUGGGUACAGAGGAGCCAUCUGCCACAUGCCCUUAUACCAACAGUCCUGUGAAGAGUACAAACUGAGAGGGAAAGGAUCAGGAACCUACCUCAUCGACCCGGACGGGAGUGGACCUAUUGCCCCCUUCAGGGUCAGCUGUGAAAUGACAGGAGAUGAAGUUUGGACCAUUUUGAAGAACAAUAUUUCAGCUCAAAGCCCAGUGCCCAAACCGGACCAGAGCGGAAAGGCUGUUUUCCACAUCGACUACAACGUCACUGAUGAACAGGUCCUAUCAGUCACAAACAGUGCAGACUACUGCGAGCAAUAUGUGGCCUAUGCCUGCAGGAUGUCCCGCCUCCUCAACACUCCAGACGGCGUCCCGUUCACCUCGUGGGUCGGUCGGUCCAAUGAGAGACACUCGUACUGGGGCGGCUCUGGGCCUGGGAUCCAGAAGUGCUCCUGUGGAAUCGAACACAACUGCACCAACGCGGCUCACUACUGCCACUGUGAUGCUGACCUCCGCGCCUGGAAAGAGGACACGGGUCUGCUCAUGUACAAAGACCACCUCCCAGUGAGCGCUGUGGAGGUGGGAGACACUGGGAGAGCAGGGUCAGAGGCCAAACUCACUGUUGGACCACUGCGCUGCAGAGGAGACAAAAACUUCUGGAACUCUGCGUCAUUCUCAAGCCCGGCCGCACACAUGAUGUUCCCCUCGUUCAGAUCUGACCGCAGCACAGACAUCUCCUUUUACUUCAGAACCUCCUCCUCUCACGGAGUCUUCCUCGAAAACUCUGGACCUAAUGACCUCAUCCACGUCCAGCUCAGAGCCUCCUCUGUGGUUUCCUUCUCCUUUGGCCUAGCCAGCUCUCAGAUGGAGGUGGUUGUUCGCUCUCCGGUUCCUUUGAACGAUGAUCAGUGGCACCGUGUGGAGCUAGAGAAGAACCAGCAGGAGGUGACACUGCGCGUGGAUGGACAGCACCGAGAGACCAGGCCCCUCCCACAAGGAAACAAUCGCCCAGAGGUCUACACACAACUUAUACUGGGCGCGUCGAGCGGGCAGAGAGCGUUCCUCGGCUGCAUGCGAGCUCUGAGGAUAAAUGGGGUGGCCUAUGACCUGGAGGAGAGGGCAGAGGUCACGGCAGGUGUCAGCACGGGCUGUAGGGGGCACUGCAACAGCUUUGGGGUUCACUGUCAGAACGGGGGUCGGUGUGUGGAACAGUACAACGGAUAUCACUGCGACUGCUCCAAUACGGCUUAUGAUGGACCCUACUGCACUGAGGAUGUGGGUGGUUACUUUGAGACGGGGACACUGGUACGGUAUGACUUCUUGUCGGAGCAGAGUCCAGGACCAGAGACCAACCUGACCCAGGAGCAGCUGUCCUUCAGCUUCAGCACCUCUAGUGCCCCCUCUGUCCUAGUGUAUGUCAGCUCCAGAACACAGGACUACCUCGCUGUGGUCCUCAGGCACAAUGGAACCAUUCAGAUCCGCUACAGUCUGGGGGGACUUAAAGAGCCGUUCACCAUCGACAUGAACCACAGAAACUUGGCAAACGGUCAGCCUCACUCAGUCAGAGUGUCCAGGAGGCUCCGGGACAUCCGCCUGCAGGUGGAUCAUUACCCAGAGUCCGCCUACACUUUACCGGCCGCCUCUGACACUCAGUUCAACCUCAUCAAAAGUAUCUUCCUUGGAAAAGUCUUUGAAACGGGUCAGAUUGACCCGGUCCUGAUUGAGCGCUACAACACUCCGGGCUUCGUGGGCUGUUUGUCCAGAGUCCUGUUUAACCAUUUGGCCCCCCUAAAGGCAGCACUCCGGUUGGGACAGAGCUCACCCAUCAGCACCCAUGGGAUCCUGGUCCCAUCCAACUGUGGAGCCUUCCCUCUCACCAUCUCCCCUCUCGCCUCGCAGGAUGACCCCUGGCACGUGGAGACCGCUGCAGUUCACCUUCCCUCAAACAAUGACAAGGCUGUUUCUGAUGGAGCAGAUCGAAACUCAGCCGUCAUUGGAGGCAUCCUCUCCGUGGUGAUCUUCCUGGUUCUCUGCUUCCUGGUUUUCCUGAUCCGGCACCUGUUCCGGCACAAAGGCUCGUACCACACCAACGAGGCCAAAGGUCAAGAGGCAGCAGACUGCGCGGACGCCGCCAUCAUUGUGAGCGACCCGGCAUUUACAGAGACCAUCGAGGAAAGCAAGAAGGAGUGGUUCAUUUAACACAGAUCCAACAUGGACGCCACAUACGGACUGGAGGAGGAGGAGAGUUUUUAGAUGGACGUAGAAAUAAAGUGGACCAAGAGGAUGUUUCUAUGGACGGUUUGAAGUCCAUAGGAGCAGGACUGGGUCGACUUGGCAGUGCCUGUGGGGAGUUAAGUUUAUGUUUUUUUACAAUGGAUAAAAUAAGACUCUUCAGAUCAUGCAAAUAAUGGCCUUGGGAGGAUGAAUGCUCACUGUAUGUACUUAAGCUUCAGUUUGUCUUAUGUAGAAGAGAAGGGAUACUCCAGUGUUUUGU